GGAACGUCAUGUGUAUAUAGGCUUGCUUGUUGCAUGAUGCCCCGCAACUCUUGUCGCUCUUGGGACUACUCUUGUGCAUUGAUCUCAGCUUCAUCUUACUACGAAUGGAGGCACGUCGUUACCCCUAUGGGCAGGGUGAAAACUUUGCAUCCUCAAAGGCCUCUGAGGGAACAAUGCUCGCCCACUCUUUCAACUUCGGGACGUGGCUGAGGCUUCAUGGCUUUGAUAUCCUCGCAAUGGCUGCCAUGGGCGCUAUCGCCUUGGGUCUUCACUACGCGCCUCCAGCAAGAUCCCAUAUCUUCCCUCUCUACGACCUGGACGGCUCCAUCGCCGAUAUGACGCUCGCUUUCCCGAGGAAAGAACAGAUUAUCCCUAUAUACGCGUCCGCUAUCAUGGCUGUGUUCAUCCCUGUGUUCUUUUUUGCACUGUUCCAGGUGCGCAGGAGAAGCUGGGACGACUUCUUAACCACCUCUAUGGGACUUCUCAGAAGCGUCAUCACCGCGGCGACCCUCCAAACGUUCAUCAAAUGCUUAAUUGGCGGUCUUCGUCCCCACUUCUACGACGCCUGCAAGCCUCGGAUAUCUCCCGGAGCACAGAGCGGUAUCGGAUUCGCUAACAUCAUGUACGACCGCUCCAUUUGCACGGGGAACGAAAAGCAUAUCGACGACGCACUCAAGUCGAUGCCGUCCGGUCACGCAACCGCAGCGUGGGCAGGUCUUCUCUUCCUCGCCCUCUAUUUCAAUGCACAAUUGAAAGUGGUCGCUGCUCAUAGCCCGGCAUACUGGAAGAUGAUCUUUUUCUUCGCGCCGUUGCUCGGUGCAUCCUUGCUGACGCUUGUCCUCAUCGUUGACUAUCCGAUCUUCGAUUAUCGUUUCAACCACCUCCUUCUCCCCAGGGCGACUUCGUUGUUCCAUCCACGGCCUUACCUCCCAGUCUCAGGAAGGGGUGCAUAUUACACUUACCAGCCCGUCACCGCGUUUAUGCCCCACGAUCUGCCGGUCGCGAGAGAAGGCGGAUGGGGAUAUGGCAUUGGCCAGCAUACCUCCGGGGCUCCGGGCGAUGCAACGAUCCUAACAAGUGGUCUCGCCCAUCUUAUCGGGGAGAAACAGGCUCAUAUUGUCUGA